AUGGGAGAACAAAAAUAUGAUAGAUUAAACGAAAGCGAAUCAAUUAACGUUAAAGUUCAAGAUAUUAAAGAAUAUGAAGAGGCAUCAUCAGAUAAUAUGAGAGCUCAAGAUAUCAAUUAUCAAACUCAACAUAAUACAGAUACUACAGGUAGUUUAAUUAAAUUUAUGUUUUGGUUAUUUUGUGUUUGUUUCUCAUUAGCGGGUGUACAAUUUGUUUAUUCAAUUCAAUUUGCAUUAGGUACACCACUUUUUAUUAAUAAAUUUAAAUUAAGUAAUUCAACAACAUCAAUUAUUCAAUCAAUUGCAGGUCCAGUAUCUGGUUUUCUAGUUCAACCAAUUAUUGGUGUAUAUUCCGAUAGUUGUAAAAGUAAAUGGGGUAGAAGAAAACCAUAUAUCGUUUUUGGUGCUGUUUUUGUUGUAAUUGGUUUAUUAGUUAUUGCAUUUUCACCACAAAUUGGUGAAUUAUUUGGAGAUAAAGCUGAUGGCGCAACAUCAUCUGAUCAUAAAUCAGGUUUAGCAAUUGCUAUAGCAGGUUUUGUUGUUAUGAAUCUUUCAGUAAAUAUUAUGCAAGGUCCAACAAGAUCAUUAGUAUCUGAUGUUUGUCCAAUGGAUAAACAAAAUCUUGCAAAUUCAAUGGCUGUCAAUGUUAUGGGUUUUGCUUCAAUCAUUGCAAAUGUUAUUGGUUCAUUCUUUGCAACAAAUGAAAAUUCAUAUAGAGAUCUUUUUGUAAUUGGAGCAGGAUUUGUAGCAUUUUCAGUUGUUCCAACAAUUAUAGUAGCAAAAGAGAAACAAUUAGAUUCAAGUAUUAAAUCACCAUCAUCACCAUUAGAAGCAUUUAUAAGAAUUAAGAGAGCAUUUGCAACCAUUCCAAAAGAAUUGGCAUUAAUUUCAUUGGUAUUCUUUGUAUCAUGGUUUGGUUUUUCACCAUUUAUGGUUACCAAUACAUCAUAUUUCCAACAAAAUGUAUUCAAUGGCGAAAGUGAAGGUUUGAAAUUUGGUUUCUAUGGUCAAGCUGUUUUCUCUGCAGUUUCAUUCUUUUUCUCAUUCUUCCUCUCUGGACUUUGCAAUAUUUUCGGUGAGAAGAUCAUUUACUCUGCAAGUCAAUUGAUUGCUGGUGCCUCUUUAAUAUUAUUUUUGGUUUUCGAUCACGCUCAACCAUGGUUAGCAAUCUUAUUGACUGGUGUCGUUGGUAUUAAUUUCUGUGUAUUCAAUGCGAUCCCAUUCGCUAUGAUGGUCAAAGUUAUCUCAAGUAAAGAUAUUGGUUUAUAUAUGGGUGUUUUAAAUUCUUCAGCUGUAGUAAGUCAAACCAUCUCUAUCUUUACCUCUGGUAGAGUUGAAGCUGCAAAAAAUCAAAAUGUUGCUUGGGGUAUUGCAUAUGGUGGUCUCUUUACAUUAUUGGGUGUAUUUUUAGCUUUUAUCUUACCAAAAUCAAAGAAAGUAACAGAACAAAUUAAUGAAGAAUCACCAUUAAUUAAAUAA